AUGACAGCCACAGCGCUUUCCUUAUGGCUUCCACCCCCGCCAAAAGAAGCAAAAAUACUACAAGGCGUCAUUAACAAACUUGCGGACAAAUACAAUGCACCAAAGUUUCAUCCUCACAUCACCCUUUUGAACAAGGUGCCAGAGCACAUGACGGUGGAAGAAAUCCUUACCUGCAUACGCUCCGUGGUCCCUCCGGAAGACCCGCUCCCCAUCAAAUUGUCGCGAGUCGAGAGCGGAGACUUUUUCUUUCAAUGUGUCCUGGUAUCCGUCGAGAAGUCGGAGUACAUUAUGACCCUCAAUCGGGAUAUUCGGAAGGCGUUCGACUCCCAUGAUCAUAGGAAGUUCUUCCCCCACUUGUCGCUUGUGUACGGUGACUACACCAAGGAGAAGAAGGAACGCAUCGUUCAGGACAUGUACGACGAAGGACUAGCCGAUCAGAGGAUGGAUGGCGUCGAGAUUGCAGGCGUGGAAUCUUUCGAGAUUACAGAAAUAUGGGUCGUCGACUGCAGCAAACCCAUCGAGCAAUGGGAGGUUUUGGCCAAAGAAUCCAUAAUAUCCUAG